AUGGCCUGGCGGGGCGCAGGGCUGCGCGUCCUGGGGGGCCCCGGGGGCGUCGGGCUCAGUCCGCGGCGGCUGCUGCUGCUGCUGCUGCUGGUGGGGCCGGCGCGGGGCUUCGGGGACGAGGAGGAGAGGCGCUGCGACCCCAUCCGCAUCUCCAUGUGCCAGAACCUGGGCUACAACGUGACCAAGAUGCCCAACCUGGUGGGGCACGAGCUGCAGACGGACGCCGAGCUGCAGCUGACCACCUUCACGCCGCUCAUCCAGUACGGCUGCUCCAGCCAGCUGCAGUUCUUCCUUUGUUCCGUGUAUGUGCCCAUGUGCACGGAGAAGGUCAACAUCCCCAUCGGGCCCUGCGGCGGGAUGUGCCUUUCGGUCAAGAGACGCUGCGAGCCUGUGCUGAAGGAGUUUGGCUUUGCCUGGCCGGAGAGCCUAAACUGCAGCAAAUUCCCGCCCCAGAACGACCACAACCACAUGUGCAUGGAAGGGCCAGGUGAUGAGGAAGUGCCCUUGCCUCACAAAACCCCCAUUCAGCCCGGGGAAGAGUGCCACUCCGUGGGAACCAACUCGGAUCAGUACAUCUGGGUGAAAAGGAGCCUGAACUGCGUUCUCAAGUGUGGUUAUGACGCUGGCUUGUAUAGCCGCUCGGCCAAGGAGUUCACCGACGUCUGGAUGGCCGUGUGGGCCAGCCUGUGCUUCAUCUCCACCGCCUUCACUGUGCUCACCUUCCUGAUCGACUCUUCCAGGUUUUCCUACCCGGAGCGCCCCAUCAUCUUUCUCAGUAUGUGCUAUAAUAUUUAUAGCAUUGCUUAUAUUGUCAGGCUGACUGUAGGCCGGGAAAGGAUAUCCUGCGAUUUUGAAGAGGCAGCAGAACCUGUUCUCAUUCAAGAAGGCCUUAAGAACACAGGAUGUGCAAUCAUUUUCUUGCUGAUGUACUUUUUUGGAAUGGCCAGUUCCAUCUGGUGGGUUAUUCUGACGCUCACUUGGUUUUUGGCAGCGGGACUCAAAUGGGGUCAUGAAGCCAUCGAAAUGCACAGCUCUUAUUUCCACAUCGCAGCCUGGGCCAUCCCCGCGGUGAAAACCAUUGUCAUCUUGAUUAUGAGACUGGUGGAUGCGGACGAGCUGACUGGCCUGUGCUACGUGGGGAACCAGAACCUGGAUGCGCUCACGGGCUUUGUGGUGGCCCCGCUGUUCACCUACCUGGUGAUUGGGACUUUGUUCAUUGCUGCGGGGUUGGUGGCCUUGUUCAAAAUUCGGUCAAAUCUCCAAAAGGACGGGACGAAGACAGACAAGCUGGAAAGGCUGAUGGUGAAGAUUGGGGUCUUCUCGGUCCUGUACACCGUGCCUGCAACCUGUGUGAUUGCCUGUUAUUUCUAUGAAAUCUCCAACUGGGCGCUCUUCCGGUAUUCCGCAGAUGACUCCAACAUGGCGGUGGAAAUGUUGAAAAUCUUUAUGUCUUUGCUGGUGGGCAUCACUUCGGGCAUGUGGAUUUGGUCUGCCAAAACUCUGCACACAUGGCAGAAGUGUUCCAACAGAUUGGUGAAUUCUGGGAAGGUAAAGAGAGAGAAAAGAGGGAAUGGUUGGGUGAAGCCUGGGAGAGGCAAUGAGACUGUGGUAUAAGGCUAGCCAGCCUCCACGCUUUCCAGAUUUUGAAGGGGGAAUGCCAGCAUUGGGGGUGCAAGUGCUACUAAAAAGCUUCAUGCAGUGAAUCUCAGUUUGAACAACACUUCAGUGACCCCCCCCGCCCCCAAUAACCCACCACCACUCUCCCCGCCGCUGCCCAUCUGCGCCCAGCAUCAUAAAACUAGUGAUUUUGCUGCAGACUUUGGAAUGAUCCAAAAUGGAAAAGCCAGUAAGAGGCUUUCAAAGCUGUGAAAAAUCAAAACAUUGAUCACUUGAGCAGGUCGCAGCUUGGAGCGUGGAGGUCCUCCCGAGAUUCCAGGAAGUCCAGGGGAUGCUGCUUUUCCCUGCAGGGUGGGAUUAGAGCUGUGAGUAGGCAACUUACAGGGAGAAAGAUUAACUUUUUUUUUAACCCUUUAAAAGUUUUAAAUACUAACUGGGUCUUUGAGACAGCAAAGCGAUCUAUAAACACUGGAAACACUGGGUUCAGAGAAGUGUUACAAGAGUUUUAUAGUUUGGCUGAUCUAACAUAAACAUUUUCCGGGUGCACUGUCUGCUGUUUAGAACUUUGUGGAUUGCUUGCCCAAGAGGUGGUGUCAGAAUCUUUUCAGUGCCUUUGUCAUAAAACAGAAUUGUUUGAACAAACAAAAGUACUGUACAAACACAUAUGAGGUAUCCCGUGGAUUUUUCUUCUCUCUCUCCCUCUUAAAUUUCAACAGCUCCGUCCUAGACCGCUGCUGUUUUCUCCAUUUUACAUUAAUGACCCAAAAUAGGUAUUUUUAUAGGAAUGUUUGCACUGCAGCGGGUCUAAUGAGGGGGGAAGGAAGGGCGAUUCACUUUCUUGACAAUCACUUAAUUCAGAGGAAAAUGAGAUCUACCAAGUCGACUUACCUUACCCACCCCAGAGACCGAUUGCAUUGAGCACCAGGGACUUAAUAUAUUUUACUUCGUGUGAUUGUAUCUAUGCAGACGCCAGUCUGGAAGAGCUAAAAUGUUACGUUUCUUGGCAACUUUGCAUUCACACAGAUUAACUGUAUAAUUUGUGUGUGUCAAUUACAAUUAAAAGCACAUUCUUGGACCAUGACUUAAUAGUUACUCAACUGACUUUAAAACUAUGGUCAGCUUGCAUUCUCAGAAUGAUAGUGCCUUUUUUUCUCUCUUUAGCAUAAGAAUGUUAUCAGAGUCUGGUCUGCUUAGCACAGUGGAGACUUUCAAUUUUGUAGAGGGAGCUAAGGACAACUAAUCCAAACUACUUGGUGCAUAAUUGUUUCCUAGUAAUUGGCAAGGGCUCCCUAUAAGAUUUCAUUGGAGGCAGUGUGGCCUGGAGUAUUUAUGUGGUGCUUAAUGAAUCUCCAGAAUACCAGCCAGGAGCUUGAUUGGUUCGUAGGGAAUAAAGUGUAGACCAUAUGAAAUGAACUGCAAACUCUUACAGCACAGGUCUUAAUUGCAUUUUGCAGGGGUAUCCAGAGCUUUUAAAAUGUAUGCUUUAUAUUCCUUGCAAGAGGGUACCCCCUAGCAGCCUCUCAAAAGUUGCAGUUCUUUUAAAAUUGUAACUGGCCUUUCUCUUCAACCCGCUGAGGUCCUCUGAUCACCAGAUCUUUGGGACAGAUUGAUGUCACAGGUUGCUGUCCUUGAAGUUCUGCUUGGUCUUUGCUUUAGCAACUUUGGGGUGAUUCUUUAUUUAUCCCUGCCCUUCCCCCCCUUUAAAACAGGUAGGAAAUCUCUUUUAUCCCAUUUCUUUGUGGAAAUGUGUCUCCAGGGAGUAAAAAUUGCAAAUAGGAGUUCAGAUUCUGAAAAUAAGCAUGUCUUUGUUUGUUUAAGCUUUAUGCCCCUGGUUUGACAUUUUCCUUUCUUCUCUGUUUUGCUGUGGUUCUCGAGCUGAGAUGAAGAUGCGCGUAAGGACUGUUGCCUGUUUUGGAAGGCAGAGUCUUGGGGCCUUGCACACAGAUGCUAAGUGGGCACUGGUGGCCCCCACUGUGUGUUCUGGGCCUGACUACCUUGGCUGGGCUCUGGGUCAGGGCUCCAGGAGCAUGAGAAAUGCUCCCCAGAAGGGCCAGUUGAACUCCAUCUCCGACUGCAUCGCCCCUGAAACGUAGAAUGUGAACUCCCUGUGCUGCUCCCAGACGGUUCCCAUAGCUGGCCGGGGCCCUGGAGCGUGCACCCAGGGGCAAAGCCUGCCCUUACUCACGCUCCUCUCCAGCGUCUUGGGAGUUGCUCGGCAACUCUGGCCGAGGAAAGGGAAGAAGGACCGAGCAGGGGUUUGCAACGCAAUUCUCUUUGUAAUGCUUCAGUGACUGGGUGACCCAGGCAAGCAUCCUAGCAGAGAGCCAGCCAUGGAGAGGGUGCUCUGUGUUUAUGAAUGAUGAAAUAGUGACAGUAAGAGUACUUGGGUGAACCUGGAUGCCCAAGUUCUGGAGCUUUCUGGGUUGUAGAAUGUCUCUUCCAUAAAUCUCUUGCCUUCUUGGGGAAGUAUAUUUGAUAGGAACUGGCCAUUGGCACACACUGGCAAUGUCACAGGAUUAUAGGUUGUUCCUUUCACAUUCUGUUUACUGUUUUAGGAAAGGAGUUUUGUGGCUGAGGAGUUAGUUAUCAGUUACCUUGAAGUGAGUUAUCAUCACCUCGUAAGUUGGUUUGAAAAGAAAGUUAAUUAGCAGCACAUUUAUUGAAUGCCAGCUGCGUGUCAUGCCCUGUGUUAGGCACCUUAAGGGACAUCGGGGAGAAUCAACUCUGUUCCUCUAACCAAUCCGACCUGGUUCUGCUGAACUUUGCCAUUGGUUUCAGGAAGAGCAGGGGCUCCUGAAUUGCCACCCGUUUCACUGUCUCCAUCCCAUAAACCUCUUCCUGGGUCUUUCUAACUGUAACCCAUCAUUCCGCCCUUCCCAAGGUUCCUUGCAAAUCGAUGUACAGGGGUUUUGCCAGAAAGCAUCAACUCUGUUACAGGACAGUCUCUAUGGAAACCUCCCCGGACGAUCAUGAACCUUGCCUCCAUCUAAUGUGGCUUCCGGGGCAGGCCGUUCAGGGCUCGGGGUUUUCUAGUGACUUGUGCGUGCACGCUAAGUCACUUCUGUCAUGUCUGACUCUUUGCGACCCUGUAGGCUGUAGCCCACCAGGCUCCUCCAUCCAAAAGGAUUCUCCAGGCAAGAAUACUGGAGUGGGUUGCCAUGCCUUCAUCCAGGAAAUCUUCCCAACCCAGGGUUCAAACCCAAAUCUCCUGCAUUGGAGGCAGAUUCUUUACCACUGAGCCACCCGGGAAGCCCAUCGAGUGACUCACAGGUGAAUUUGAGGACAGCAGCUUGCUAGGGAAAAGGUUAGGGUUCUUCUUUCUCAGAAAUCCAGGAGAAGUAGGUAUAUAAUUGUAACUUCCUACAAAAUCCCUUGGCCUCGAAAAGGCCCAAGGGCACCUCUGUCAGCUUCCUCUCUGGCAGGUUCCUUUCUCCUCCUCCAUAAGGGCCACACCUCAGGGCAGAGGAACCUGGGGAGAGUGAACCUGACCAGAACCGCCUGAUGGAGCGCCUUGGUUGAGUCAUAUCCUUUUUCCUCUGUAGAGACCCGUUUCCUGAUCCCCGAGACUGCUCCUGAACUGGCAGCUUGCUCAGGGACCUCAGCCAGGAGGAGGGACACUCAUUUAUUUCCCUGAGGUGCUCUCUGAUUUUGCUUUCCCCUGGCCCUCCGUCUCCUGCGUCCCCCAAGCCUGGACCCCAGGAAGCUUCUGUGUCUGGGUUCUGACACUACAGCAUCCCAGCUCUGUCCUCUCUGCCCCCCCCCCACCCCCCCCC